CUGUCUCUCGUCUCUCGUCUCUCUCUCUCUCUGUCUCUCUCACCAAACGGGCAGUGGCGGACGGAGCAAGAGAAGAGGGGGGCAAGUCCUUGCAAGGGUACCGGGGUACUUCUUGUCAAGGUUGCAAAGGGUGAUGGGGCGAAGGAUUGCGCUGAUUUGAGCAUCAAGGGCUGGGUUUCAGCCAGAGCAUUGAAGGAACGAGUUUCGACGGUGGCGCGUACACCAGGGCUGGCAGAACGCGCGCGCGCACACACACUUUGCCGGCCGAUCUUGGGCGCAACACGUGCGGCAUCGGUCGAAUUAGCAGCAAGCUGCAACCACCUACUGCUAUUCAGGGUUAUUCAUGUUGGCUGGGAAGUCCGGCAGGCCAUAUUUUGGCUGGCUUGUGACACUUGCUGCCGCGGCUGCGGCGCUUAUCCUCUUUGCCAACAUGGCAAGUCCCACGGUAUUCGUCGUGGAUAUUCUGGUCACGCUUGGCCUCUGUGGCUUGGCAUUUCGCCAUUACGGUCGCUUUUCCAGCAACUGGAUUGUCACAGCCGUGGUGCUCUACACCUGGUUCCUCUCCUCGGCCAUUGUGUUCGUUCUACCCAUCGACGUCUCCUCGAUUCUGGUUUGUUGCCGACUCAACCAGGGUACUUGCACCUCACCUUGCACUGCUUGUUUGUGCGCUAAUCUGGCAGAGGAUUGCUCCUGCUCGCGGCCCUGGUCAUAUGUCUCGCCCCACGCCUUGCCAGUCUUCUGGAAAGUCAUCUACUGGUCCUCUCAGGCGCUCUCCUGGUUGAUCCUGCCGAUUGGCCAAACGUAUUUUACGGCCGGCGACUUUACCCCGGCCCAAAAGCUCAAGACAGCGCUGCGUGCAAAUGCCGUCACCUACGUUUCGCUCGGCGUCAUUGCCGCCAUCUUGCUCAUUUACAUUGCUAUUCGCAAUGAUCUUGACUCGGCCGGCCUUGAGCAAAUCAUCAUCGCCGCCUCCAACACAUGGGGCCUGCUUAUGGUCGUUCUCAUGCUGGGCUACGGUGUAGUGGAUAUCCCCCGCCUCAUGUGGCGUCGUGCCGACAUCGAGCGUACGCUGCGCCUCUACUACUAUCGUGUGGCGAGCAUUAAUACGGAGCUCAUUGAAGCCGAGGCCGAACUCGACACCACGCAAAGCGAUUUACUGGACAUUGCUGGCCAAUGCCCCACGGACAGUCCGCUGCGAGCCUAUCUCAACCUCAUCCUGCUCAAGUGUCCGGCUCAUGCCGAUGGUGCAAUUGACUUUCAAGAUGCAACACCAUCCCGCAAGGCAUCGGCUCGUUACUCCGGCGAGCUGACUCAAGCCAGCCUGGCCGAUCUUCACGCCAAGGUCAUCAAGCUGAAUGGUAUCAUCAAGCGUUGCAACACUCAACGCCAGCACCUAAUCGAGCGCGCCAUUCACUUUGAGGACGUCAAAAAACAGCGCAACAAGGCAGACCACAAAUUUUCCAGUACCGCAGGCUCCAGCUAUGAGGUGUGUUGCUACAAUCUUCAGCCUUGGGAACAAGCAUUUGCUUUUGCUUUGACAAGCUCAGGGUUUAUUCGGCCCGUCUUGUACUUGGCAGCGGCAGUAUUUUGCACCAUUCUCUCCUUGAUUGUGGUGUGGUCAGAAGUGCUCUUCUUCACCACCUCUCCCACCAUGAGCAUUUAUGCUCUCCUCCUCAAUCACACGGGCGAUUCGGGCUAUUAUUUUAAUAUCGAAGUCAUCACUUUCUUCACCCUCUUCUACCUGUCCGUGUGCACGUACCGCGUCGUCUUCAAGCUGCGCAUUUUUGAUUUCUAUCAGCUCGUGCCUCAUCAACAGACUGACUCGGCAAGCUUGAUAUUUUCUGGCCUGCUGCUCUGUCGUUUGACGGCCCCACUGGGCCUCAACUUUUUAUCCAUGUCGCAUUUGGAUGCUCACGUGGUGAGCGAUGUGGCCAUCACCCAGCCGACGGCCUUUACUCGCGUCAUGGGCCACAUGGACGUUGUCGCCUUUAUCAAAGAUUUUGCCACCUACUACCCCAUCUCCAUGUUGAUAGUCAGUUUGGCAACUCUUCUACACAUUGGGCCCCGCCUGCUGUCGCUCUGUGGCUUUUCCAGUUUCAUUUCAGAGGACGAUGACGCAUCGGACACGGUCACGGAAGGGCGUGCGUUGGUCCGCACUGAGAAGCGUACGCAGUUUCGGCGCGGUCCGCAUGCCUUGGCUGUAAGUGUAAGAGCGUUUCAGGCCCCGCUUAGCCCCCCAGCCACACCGAAUGACGAGAGGCUUCUUCGGUGGCAACUGCAGGCCAAGUAUUUGCGCCCGUCGCGACUGGAUGACACCAGCGCAAGCGCCGAAGCUUUGGAUGACGACGAGGAAGAGACGUUGGGAUCGGUCACCGCUCCAUCUAGUAGGGUUCUCGUUCGGCCCGUUUGGUUUUCUUGUCUGUGCUUCGUCGGCUCUGUUUGGACUCGGCAGCACCUCAACUCAGAAAAAAAAAACAAAAAAAAAAAACCCGUGCGUCAUCCUUUGAUGCGCUUGAACGCAUGGUGUGAAUUUGGGUGUAGGUCGCGUGUCGCGCUUUGUGCAAUCGGUCCGCAGCGGUCGCAAAGCCGAGUACGUAUUGGUUUUGCUUUCAGCACAGCACAGGCGUUGGCCUUGGAGGAGAGUCUAUUCAUUCUGUACUGA